AUGGAGCCACAACUGUCGUCUUCAUAAGUAAAACCAAAGGCAGUUUUUUUUACUGAAAGCCAUUAUCAGUGUGGCUGACCUCACCCCGAAUUCCUACUUGUUUGCUUUCAGCUCUUCUAAGCAAAGCAGGAACUUAUAAGGUUGUCUCAUUGGAUUUCCAAGAAGAAUCAGUUCCACGUUUCCCCUCCUGUGGAUUCACCUGCAAGUUACCUGCUUUAAUCAUUUCUCUGCCCGGCUCCAUCAGACCGCUGGUUCUCUGUAUAACCACCCACCUCGCACUAAUCUGGGGAUUCACCAUCAACCAUUCUCCACACAUGGCCCUGGCCAUCUUUUCCUCCACGCCUCACUCUGAAUCAUUCUAAAAUUUCAACGUUGAAGAGCAAUUAGACCCAACACACCAGAGGAAUGGAAAAAGAUAGAAAGAUGAUCAUUUUCUUAUUAUUUUUGGCUGGUAUUUGCAGCUCUGUGCUUGGAGAAGAGUGGACGGCCGAUGUUGUAAAGUCCAUUGACGCUCUAGUUGGCUCCUGUGUUGUGCUGCCCUGUACAGUCAGUCAUCCUGGGACUUACCUGUCUACCUCCAGACUCAGGGGCAUCUGGCAUCGUAAGGACAAAUGGGAGGAGUUUUUCUACCAUGACGAUUCGACAAAGAUCCUGGACAGCUUUAAGGGCCGAACAAGGUUGCUGGGAAACCUGGGUCAGAACAAUUGCACCUUAGAAAUAGUUGAUGUUAAAGAUCAUGACAACGGCCCUUUCUGCUUCCGCAUUGAACUUGUACGAAAAGACACCGACCAACCCAGUAAAGAAAAGUUCUCCUUUGUUGAGAAAUGUGCUGACAUCACAAUGAUCCAUGACAAACCUCAACUCAAUCUGAGUCCAAUAAAGACGGCCACUCAAGGCAAACCCUACACUCUCACCUGCUCUGUUCACCACACCUGCCCCUCGCAUCCCCCUCAGAUUAAAUGGAAUCGGGAAAGAAAGGAUGAUAACAUCACUGAAGUUCAUAAACACAUUCAUUCAGGGAUCUGGGAGGCAGAGUCCAUCCUGUCCUUCGUUCCUGAGGAAAAGGAUGACGAAUCAGAGCUCACCUGCACAGCAACAUUUAGUGCAGGAAUAAAAUAUGAGGCAAAGUUCACACUUAAUGUAAAACGCCAACAAAACUACAACCACAUCAUCAUUCCUGCUGUUGCAGUAACUGCCACUGCUGUGAUCUUUGGACUCUUCUGUGUUUUGAUGGUAAAGAAAUACAAGAAACGUAUUCAAGAGCUACAAAGUCAAGAUGGCAGGAGCUGGAUGACAAUGAUGACAGACCCGAAGAUAGAAGCAUCUAAUUAGUUAAGAGCAGAUUCCCAGUGUAAGACUUGAUGAUCACUGUAAAUUUUCAACACCUUUUGUUUUAACUCUUUGGUGACUUAAGGAACUUUACACAAAUAUAUACAGAUUAAAGUUUUUACAUAUAUUCUAGUAUAUGCUACAUUUAUCUCCUUAACUGUUGGGCGUUUCCUGUACCAAUAAACAUGAAAAGCUC